GCACGUUGCCGGUAGUGACGUCCAAGGAGUAGUGCGUCGAAUGGUCGGAGCAACGUGAGAUUACUUCGUGAGGUGUGCGCCUCAGGGGAAGGAAGCAGAGAGGGCCGCGUGAAUUCGUCACCGGAGCAGCCACUCCUGGUCCGCAGACAGAGGAGGCCAGAACCUGCAAGCUGUCAAGGUGAAGAACUUGGGUGAGAACUGAAGGUCCUUGAAUCCCCAUUGCCAAGCUCCUGUCCGUGGGCACAUACUACAGCCAUCAUGUCUGCAUCUUCAAAGCUUUACCAAGUUGAGGAAGACCGCAAGGACCAAAGCAACAUAGAGGAGGUUUCUGCUGCUGGAAUGCUGAAUCCUCCUCAGCGUCCUGAGAGAAGCUCCUCUCCCUCCAACGCCGUGGCUGCCUCCCCAUUGAGCGAAUCCCAUCUGGGCUCCAGCAGUGAAGAGCGUGGUUCAUCCCCCUUGCUGGCCUUGCCAAAGAAGGAGUCCUUGAGUAGUGAUGUCUUAGAUGAUAAGGUGGCUGAAUUGAUGGAGUUCCUGGAGCUUAAGUAUCUACUUAAGCAGCCAACCACCAGGGCAGAAAUGCAGAUGAUUGUUAGCAAAGAUUAUGAGGAGCAAUUCACUGUGAUCUUUGGGGAGGCUUCUAAGUGUAUGCAGCUAGUCUUUGGCAUUGAUGUAAAAGAAGUGGGUUCUACCAACCCUUUCUAUGUUCUUGCUCCUUCCCUGGGCCUCACCUAUGAUGGAAUGGUGAGGGAUGAUCAGAGCCACCCCAGGACCAUCAUCCUGAUAAUCAUCCUGAGCGUCAUCCAUAGACAGGGCAACCGUGCCAGAGAGGAUGCCAUCUGGGCAGUGCUGAGCACAAUGGGUGUGUAUCCCGGGAGUGAGCACUGCAUAUAUGGGGAGCCAAGGAAAUUCCUCACCAGGGAUUUGGUGCAGGAACAGUACUUAGUAUGUCUGAAGGUGCCAGACAGUGAUCCUCCCCAGUAUGAGUUCAUAUGGGGUCCAAGGGCCUAUGCUGAAACCAGUGUGGAAAAAGUCCUGGAAUUUUUGGGCAAACUGAAAGAUAGCAAACUUAGGAUCUUGCCUGUCUUUCAGGUGGAGGGUUCAGAAGAUGGAAAAAAAGGAGACCAACGGUCAGGGCCAAAGAAAGAGUGAUGACUAGGGCCAAGGCCAGGGACAGGGCACAUACCAAGGCAACUUCUCCUGUCCCAUGUAAUUUCUGAUACUUAAAUUCUGUCAUUGAAAAGAGCAGACACUUUUCUAAAUAAUGCAGAUUCAGAAUGGGGAUUGGGUAUGCUUAGUAUAUAACCUUUGCAUUUGUCUGCUAGGUUUGACACUUGAAGAUGGCUUUGUUUUUUUUCAUAUAGUGUUCCUUUUAGUAGAAGGUUUAAUUAACUUCAAAAUGUGCAUUUCAUUGGCACUGGACUCAAAUCCAUUGCUCUUUAUACAUUUUAAGAGUUUGGCUGUUUUAUACAACAAAUUGUAAAAUCUUGCAUCCUAUUUUGUGAUCUGGAACAAGGUAACUAGUCUUUGGAGUAAAGGCUUCCUUGAAAAUGUGCAUUUUGAUAUCACCGUUUAUAGACCUAUUGCUGUUUAUACAUUCUAAGAGUUCAGCUGUUUUCUAAAACAAAUUGUAAAGUCUUGCAUCCUAUUUUGUUUUCUGGAGCAAGGUAACCCAUCUUUGAAAUAAAAGCUUUCUUGAAAAUGUGCAAGAAGUCAUGAGUAAAAUAGAUGAGGUCAAUAAAUA